AUGCCCAGUGAAGGCAUCCUUCUUGUGGCUUAUUCAGCAGAAAGUGAUGGAAAAAUGAGAAUCUACGCACAGCAUGUGAGCCAGUUUCUGCAUCUCUUCUGUCCACCCUCUCAGGAUUCAGGGGAUGGCAUAGGGAAGCGGCGUUCAGACAAUGGUGAGGAAGGGGUCCGGUGGAAGCUGACUGAUGAGCCUGCUCAGAACAAGAAGAAGUUGCCACCAGCACCACCUUUGCCCCCGCCGCCCUCUGAGGAGAGUCCGGUCCAGACGGGUGCUCACAAGCGCAAAAAGGAGCUCCCAGCCCCUGAGACGGGACCCAAGAAGAAGUUGAAAGGUACCCGGGAAAUUUUUUUGAAAAAGGGCACUGAGCAACCACUUGGAAACAAAUUGGAUUCCAUGCAGACCUGGAGCCGCAUGGGCGGCAGUGACUUCGAGGUGAAGGGGACCAUCUCCAACCCAUCUAUUCACCUGAGCCAGAUCACAGCCAGUGACUUAGAGAAACCAAAGGAACCACCAUUGGAGCCUUCUGCCCAGACAGACAAGUCCCAUCAGCGGGAGAAGUUGGAGCGCUUCAAGCAGAUGUGCCAGAUGUUGGAGCGGGUGAAGAACAGCAGCAGUUCCAGUUCCAAAUAUUCUAUCAAAUAA